CUCCAAACCCAGCGCCAAUAAGAAGGGUUACAAUUAACAUAUUGAUCCAAUCAGACUGCCCAGUCAAGUGGAACCCACCCUUCCCGUCCUCUGGCUCAAUGAGUUGCAAGUUUGAGGUUGGUUUGACCUCUUCAACGAUGGGCCUUUGUAGCUAGGUGGUAGGUAGUGUGUGCUUCUCAGAGAGUGAUUGCUUGCGGAAUGUCAAUUAGCCCUGGUCAAGGUGCUAAUGGGGCCAAAUCAAUCCAGUCUCCAGAGAGAGCAGCUCUGGUACCUUUUGGGAAUGGGGUUGUUCAGGAUGUGGGUGCCCAGUUUUACAAACCUGGUUACAAUGGCCUCUCGGCCCAGUAUCUCUUUCCUUUCCCACCUCUGAAAGGGGAAUAUGGCCAUUCUGAGUCUCCUCUAGGGGACUGUGCAGCGGUCUCCCCCUCCGGUUACUGGUAUCCCUUCCCUGGUGCUGAGCCAGUACCAACCCAUGGAGCUGGUCACAAUAGCCAAGUGGCAGUAGCUGGAGGAUACAUCAACCGGCCGGAGAUUAAAACCGAGAAGGAGAGCAGAGGUUACCCCCAGGAGGUGAGGUACAGUUCGCCCAGUGGCCCGGGUCCUUCCUACCCUCCCCGAUGGAGCAGCCCGUUUUGGCAGCCGGCCCUGGCCGCAUCCAGUAGCAAUUCGAGCCCCGGCUCCUCUUCGUCCUCAGGGCCGCUUCCCAGUCAGAGCUAUGGGCCCUUCCCUUCACCCCCCCAGCUGUAUCCUAGCCCUUCCCAGCACAGCGACAGCAGUCAACCUCUCCAGUCCAAUACUGGCUCCACCGGCACCGCCAGCGAGGAAGGUCAAUCCAGCGACAGCGAGGAGGAGUACCCCACCAAGGAGAAAAUGGAACAGUUUGCUAAAGAACUAAAGCACAAGAGAAUUACGCUUGGCUUCACACAAGCUGAUGUUGGAUUAGCUUUGGGGAAUCUCUAUGGGAAGAUGUUCAGUCAGACCACUAUCUGCAGGUUUGAAGCUCUCCAAUUGAGUUUCAAAAACAUGUGCAAAUUGAAGCCAAUUCUUCAGCGGUGGCUGAAUGACGCGGAGAAUAAUGGCAGCCUGCACGAGAUCUGUAACGUAGAGCAGGUUCUGGAUCAGUCCAGGAAACGGAAGAGGAGAACCAGCAUUGAGAACGGCGUGAAGAGGAACUUGGAGACCUACUUCAUGAAGUGUCCUAAGCCCACAAGUGAGGAGAUCUCCCAGAUUGCUGAAGAUCUCUGCUUAGACAAAGAGGUGAUCAGAGUUUGGUUCUGCAAUAGGCGACAGAAAGGGAAGAGGAUGACUCUGCCGUGUAUGGAAGAAAACGAUGUACAGAUUCCUGAGGGGAGUCCACUCCAUAUGUCUCCUGGUGCUCUGAUGUUACCUGAGCCCACAGUAACCCAAGGAUACAGUGCACCUAUGGUGCCACCUCCCAUGUACAUGUCUCCCUUCCCUCAAGCUCUGCACCCCGCUGUCUCCAUGGGCAAUCACCCCAGUUAGAGGGUCAUCUUUGACUCCAAGUGCGCGGACUUGUGAUUCUAGUGAUAAGUGUUGGUAGAACCUGGCUGAAUGUCUCUAAACUAUCCCGAAUGUAGGAACUAGGUGAGGGAUACGUUUGGUGCUAAAUCUUAACCCUGUCUCCUGCCCUUUCUCUCCAAUUCUCCCUUUGCUCAACUUCAAUUCCAAAUGGGAUUGGGCACUCGGCUCAUUUUAUGAGAAAUACUUAAUGGGAAUUCUCUAACUUAUUGAAAUACUUUGUAGCUUUUAAUGUACACAAUGUUUUACAAUAUAUUUUCCCCCUCUUUCUCUUAAAGUAAGUCUAACACACUUUUUAUGGAAGAUGACUGAAUAUUUUAAAUGAUUUAUAACAUCCUUUUAAACUACCCAGUGCUGUUGAAUCACUUGCUGUUGAAAGUUCCUUUCACAUAGGGCCCCAGAAUGCAAAGCUGUGUCCCAGUGAAUCAGAGGUACAUGAAUUUGUCUGAAAUGAGCUUCAGUUAUUCCCAGAGGCUUGCUGAAGAACCUCUUUAAUUUGUGAAACUAUCCGUGCUAAAAUCUGUUUGCCUCAAGUGUGCAAUGUUUGUUUUGGUUUUCAUUUUGGUUCAAAUAUCUGUCCCGUAACUGGGAAUCUGAUAACCAUGCCAGUGUUAAGAGAUUGGUUUUAACAUGCUGCUUUUUGAGGUUUUUUUCCAGAAAGUUACCAGUUGGGUUGAUAGAGUUCUCCAGAUGGGGUUGUUCCAUUAAAGGCAGCCUGGUAGCUAGUGCAAGGCCCAAGGAUGUGUCUCUGUAAACUAACUGGGCUCAGUAAAGCUCUGAGCCAUUGAGAAGGAUGAAAAGAGAAGCCCAGAGAUGGACCUAGAGGUGCACAACCCCAAAAAAAAGGUAAUGUAGAAGUGCAAGUUGUUCUGUCAGAUGUGAAGGUUUACUCAUAGGACACAGGCUGCCCUACUUAUUCAACCUGAGUCGAUAGAUUAGGGGGUUUUUGGGCAUUAAAAGAGCGAUUUUUGUCUUGAUGUGAUCUCUUGGAGGACUUGAUGGACUAGCAGUCUAACUGAUCAGUGGCAGAUAUGGAUUUAAUGCUUUGUAGGAUUGAGGAUUGGCAGAGCAGAGUGGCGUCAGCACAGAAGUUGAAGAACCAGGUCUUUGCCUGAAGAUAUUGCCAAAGGGCAGUAUGGAAAGAGCAACAAUAUUUCCUCAUUUCUUCAAGGUGUUAUAGGUGACAUCUGAGGUAGACUCGGCAGUGGGUGGAGGCAGGUGAGGAAGAAUCCAAGUUGGACUGAUGAGAUGAAUAAAGCAAGGCUGAUAAUAGACAAUGGAGUGAUUAAUCAUCUCUGAUUCUGAACAGAUUUACUAUGAUUGCAGUCAGUGUGGUGACUGGGCCCUGAUCUGCUUAGGGCUGUGGUUGAAAGUAUCUGACUGGAGUUAAGUGGGUGGUGGGAGAGAAUGAGCUGGGUGCUGGGGCAAAGUAGGUGAAAAACAGUGUGUCAAACCUUGUGUGCCCAACUGAGGAGCCUCGACGGGAGAUGAGCUUAAUUACUGCCUUCUGAAGGAAUCGUCAACAAUGAAGAGGUUGUGAGUGGCCUUGAGAAAAGCAAAGGAAGUGGUAACUGUUUAGCAGCAUGUAACAAAACAAACCACUUCUAUUAGGAGAAAAUGAAGAACUCUGGAUGCUGGAGAUCUGAAAAAGCAAAAAAUAGAAAUUGCUGAAGGUUCACCAGAUGUAUUAACUCCCCCUCCCCCAGUGGGUGUGGCAGGUGGAUGGUCCAAUUUUUUUUGCAUUAGUUUUGAAACUGGAAAUGUGAUGGAGUUGAACUUUGACCAUUGAUUUAAUGGUAUAACAUUUCUCAUUAACAUUGUGCAUGUACACUUUUUUAUCCCCCACCCCAAUCAAUAUUGGGUAGCAUUGAGUGAACACCUCUGGCUGGUUGUACAGUGCUGUGGACCUUCAGGUUAAUGUGUGCUGCAGUCUCCAGUUGGUUUACGUAGUUGCUGUCCAUUUUAUUUUUAAGGCAAAGUAACUUUGUGUAAUUUUUUUUUUAAACCAGUCUGACCCACCGACCUCCCUGAGAGAGCAGAGGAUUGAAGGGAUUGCAUAUUCAUUAACUCUGUGGUGGACUUGAAUUCCAGUUCAGCAACACCCUUUUUCAGUAGGCGCAUAAAUACGUGAGAAGUCUGUUUUGAUUCGAACUAAGAUCAUUUCAGAAUCUAUUGCAAGAGUUCACUGAGCUAUAGUUCUACAGGGUUGCCUUUCAAAGUGUGUGACUCCCUGUAAGGUAAUCUUCAAUAAGCAGCCAUGUUCCUCCCAUCCCUGAGCCACUUUUGACCCAAUUAGCCAAUGGCAGCUAACUUGUACAGUGAGCACCUUUAGCACUUUGGGUUGAAUCUGUCCCUUUGAGGCUGCUCCUGGCCACAUUGAGGUUUUGCCUUUGCUCCUCAACCUCUUGGUUUUGUUGAAUAAAUUAAUCAGUGUGGUUUGAAGGAAGACUCUUAAGUGAGAGUUUCCUGUGUCAGUCACUGAAUGUGAACAGGAUCAUCUUGUGGAUCUGUACAGCAUCAGUGCACCUCUCUGUAUCUUUGCUGUGGUGACAUUUGGACAUUGACCGUUGCCUCUUCCCUAACUCAUUGAUCCAAGAUGCAGAUGCACGAGCAAUUAUUGGAAACCAUUGUAGUGCCUCCUGCAGUUAAAUAGCCUGACCUGAUGAAAGCUCUCAGAAGUAAUGUCCACCCUGUAAAGGUUAGUGCUAGACCAGUGCCACAAUACUGCACCCUGGUAGGAGAUUGGGAAUAGGAGGAGAAUCAUCCUGUGCAUCUUCUGGCCUGAGUUGCCAUCUAUAGAACAAGUCCCUCAAACCAUUUAACUGCCCUUUCCACAUCUAUGGAUAGAUGUCCCCUCUCUUUCUUUCAAAUCCAAUUGCCCCAGUAUCCACAGUCUAUAGGGAUGCAGUUCCAGGUCUUCACUCCCUCCUUGUCCAAACAGUGCUUCCAGAUUUCAUUCCUGAACGUAUAACUUUUUUAAACAAGGUUCUGUCCAUCUCCUGCAUUCUGCAAAAGAGGAAGUAGUUUCUCUAUCUAUUCUAUCGAAUUCUUUUUUUAAAAACAAACUGCCAAAUCCCAUCAAUAUAAACUCUUAUACAAUCUGUUUGAGCUCUGGUCUAAUUCUGGUGAAUAUAUACUGUACUUUCCAUGAUGCCAAAAAGACCAAAUGUAUCUUUAUGGUUUGGUGCUGAAAGCUGAACUUGUGGUUCUAGAUGUUUGGACUGGGGUGAUUAAUGACUGCAGCAAUGUUGUAUUCCAGCCAGUGUGGGAUAAAGGUUUGGUACUUGGCCACAUGGAUGAUCAAGCCCUCUGCUCUUUCCCAGCUGCAAGCCAUGGUAACAUAGGAAACUUUGAGGAGGUUAUACAGCCUGCUUUGCCAUUCAAGUUGUUGUCCAUCUACCACAAAGCUGUCUUCCUGCCCUAUCCCAAUAUCCUUGAUAUCUUUAAUAUCUGGAAAAGAUCUCAUCAAAAUGUGGAAGGAUGUUCUUGGUCUUUUUAGCAACCAAAAUUGAUUUAUCUCCAUAUUUAACUGUGAUGGAUGGAGUUCAAUUCUCCUCUGUCUGAAUUAUCAUAAUUUUCCACUUUUCUCUAAACCUUUAAUGUGAUAGCAUGGAGAUGCAGCUUGUUUUGAGUCGAAUACAGUUAGUGAUCAGAGAGCAGAUCUCUGGGAUCUCUAGCACUUGGCCCAUGACCUCCAGUCUCCCCAAAGCCUGCCCACCAGGAUACCUGUUAUCCCUUGCUUUACUUAAAAGGGGAUUAAGUCUCCUGAAUAACUGUCAGCCUUGGUCACAAGAUUAGGGCCAAUUUUGUGCAUUCUCUUCAAACACCUGAAAAUCUUGUCGUUAUCCAUGAAUACCUACUUGGCGACUGUGAGGUCAGUUAGCUCCAUUGGCUAGACAGCUGGUUUGUGAUGGUGAUCUCAACAGCAGUUGUUCAUUUCCCAUACUGGCUGAGGUUAUAGUGAAGGUCCAACCUUCUCCAUUCUCUCUCCUUGCCCAAGGGGGUGGUAACCCUUAGAUUAAACCACCAUUGGAGCUCUGCCCUCAUUAGAGCAAGAUGCCUAUAGCCCAGUAGGAUUAGGGCAACUUUACCUAUCCACCAUUAUGGGCCUGGGGAGGGGAGGAGAGGAAUUGAUUAAAAAUGUGAAAGAAGUGGCUUAUCCUGUGUAUUUUGAGCUGGCUCUUUGAUCUGAUCCUCUUCAGCUCUGAAUUGCUCGAUCCAGCUGUUACCUGAUUUUUUUUUUCCCCCCUCUCCCUCCCCACCCCACCCCCCGCCAAAUCAAACCAUUGUUUUUUCCAAUCAUGUUGACUUGCAGUUUCCUUACCUAUUCUAGUGCUCUAGUGUAGAGACUUUGAAUCUUUAAAUGAUCUGUGGUACUGAGAAUUAGCUGGCUGUUGCUCCUCAAUGUUGGGAUCAGCUGUAAAACCAGCAGAAUUGAGAAUUGAUGGGUUGUGUUUGUUUGCCCUCUACUGGCUAAAUACAUACAUAGCAAUGUUCAAGUUUGGAUAGUUUAUUGAAUAUUUGACAGGGCAGUCUUGUUUAACUUGUGGGAAAUUAAAAAUAUUGUAUUUACUUUUUGUGCAAUAGUUGAUGUAAACUGAUGUUCACUUCAUUACAUUUUACUGCUGGUGUCUGCUGAAACUGUUAAUAAAAUUUUAAUCUAAUGA